GAAAGGCGGGCUGGGUGUUGCUGUUUACCUCAGGGGAGGCUGCCUCCGUCGUUGAGUUUUUUCCCGCGCGCGCCGGUGGCGGUUGGCAGCCGGGCGGGGUUGAAGGAAAAGGGAUGCCGAAGCGCUCCUGCCCGUUCGGGGACUCGGCCCCGCUGCAGCUAAAAACCCGGGUCAGAAUGCGGGAGUUGAGCCAGGGCGUCAUGGGCGAGAGGUACCGGCGAGAAAUCUUCGAAAAAACAAAACAGCUGCUUUUCAGAGGAGCCCAAGCUUACAUGGAUAAUAAGCGGGACGGAAGCGUGGUGGGAGCCCGUCUAAUUGCACAGUGUCCAGCACCACCAGCAGGCAGACCAGAAGCUUGUUCUCAGUAUACUUGUAGCGGACAAAUGUUAAUUGGGCAGGAUGGGAAACUUCGACAGCCCCGCCCAAGAGAAACGGCAACGGCAGAAGGAAUUUCCAAGCCCUGCUCAACGUGCAUAAGAACAGUGGACGCCAAAGAGGCUUGCACGCAGUGCGACCGGCCCAUCUGCAAGAACUGCAGUAGACUCUGCAGCUGCUGUAAUGCUGUCGCGUGUUCCUUGUGUUCAGUGAUAGAAUCAGACUACGUCGGCGAGCAAAUCCUGUGCAGCGGCUGCUCAACGUUUAACGAUUGAGGCACCAGGACGUCUAAUAAGAGCAUGUAUGCUUUUUUUAAAAAGAAAAAAGCUGGACAAUUUUAUUUUAGUGUAUGCUGUCUGCGUAUUUUUGCCCCACUCUAAUAAUGUACUGUAUAUUUUUAUAACUGUGGUCUAAUCGAAUAAACGUUU